AUGUUCGCUGGACGCAAUAAAGAGAAAUUUCACAAUUCUCUGAAGAAACUCGACAUUAUUGACAACACAUUACUUGAACUCGGAACAGUGACAGAUUAUGACAAGUUACAUAAGAAAACAAUGUGGAUCAUCUUAGGAUGGUUUGUAAUAGUCAUAUUAAUGAACGGUGUAAUGGCGCUAUCCGCAAGUGCAACAGCAAUUUUAUUAAAUAGAUUAUUGUAUUCCACUUAUGAUGUUGAAAUUCGUGAAGCCAUUUCACAAUAUUCAUUACAUAUUGUAUAUAUGCCACUUAGAUUCUGCGGAAUAAGACUUUUCCAAUUUGGUUUCAAAUUUCUUCACAGAUUUGUCAUGUCAGUUGCGACUGUUUUAGUUGUAGUGAUACAAGCGCGCGAAUAUAUGUAA